AUGGGAUUAUACACAAACUUGGAUUGGUCGAUCAUCUACUAUUUGGCUAGCUCGACAUCGACAGUGCAAGGAUCUGGUAAACUAGUGACACUCAAGGUCUUACGAGCAGACGCUUCAAAUGCUGAUUCUCCCGACUUGGUUAUUCCAAAGUUGCUUCAACGGACCGGACUUCCCGAUGCAUAUCUGAGAACUAUUGAGGACCAUUUUGUCGUGGACGGGCCCAACGGUAGUCAUGACUUCCUCGUCUCCGCAUUCUCUGGACCUAGUAUUCAAGCCAUGUUGUAUAGACCCGAUAGACCACGGCUACGUGCAGCUUUGGCUAGGAAGAUCGCAGCACAAGCCGCUUGCGCAAUGGAGCAUAUACAUCGUGCAGGCUUUGUCCAUGGGGACUUCACUACCUCAAAUCUCUUUCGUUUGAAAGACAAGGUCAUGAAAUGGUCAGAUAACAAAGUUUACACGUAUUUUGGGUCUCCGAUAAUGGAUGAGGUCAGAACGUGCAGUGGACAGCUUGUGGGACCUCAUGCACCUUCAGAACUUGUAGAAGCUAUUGGCCAUGACGCCUUUGCCAACAUACUUAAGGAAAACAUCAUUGUCAUUGACUUCGGGCAGUCAUACCGUGCUCCUGACCCUCCCAAGAGCUACGAACCCGCGACUCUGGUGGACUAUAUGUCACCAGAAACUCGUUUCGAAAAGCGAGUAGGGCCUGAGGCAGAUGUGUGGCAAUUAGGAUGUGCUACUUUCGAAAUCAUCAGGACGGGGCGACCGCUCUUUGAUUAUUUCUUUUCCGCCGAUUCAUAUAUUCUCUCACAAGCAAAUGCUUUCAAAGGUAGAGAAAUAUCCUUUGAGGAAACGGACGGCCGAAACAAGGCAAAAAGGCGACACCUAUUCGAGAGCGGUUACGCGGUUACAAAGAAUGAGAUCGAUGAGACCCCGGCGUCUACAAUGUUCGAGGAAAUCAAGACAAAGAUAGAUUCGAUAGACCUAUCAAAAAGACGAAAUGGACCGGCUGAUCCAGGACCGAUGUGCGAAAAAAGUGACAAGAUAGAGGAGAACAUGGACGAAAAAGAAGUCAAGCUUUGGAUGGAUCUCUUAGAGAAAAUGCUGAGGUAUCGCCCAGGGGAUAGAAUUGGUAUACGAGAGGUCGUUAAUCAUCCUUGGUUCAAGGAACACUGUUGA